GCUCGCCAGCUCCUCCACAGCGUCUUCCCAAUCGCAAGGAUGGGCGACUCCGCCUCAAAGAUCGUGAGCCCGCAGCAGGCCCUGCCCGGCCGGAAGGAAUCGACCCCAGUGGCUGGAAUGGGCUGCUUCUGGGGAGCUGAAAGGAAAUUCUGGACCUUAAAGCAUGUAUAUUCAACUCAAGUUGGCUAUGCAGGAGGCUAUACUCCAAAUCCUACUUAUAAAGAAGUCUGCUCAGGAAACACUGGCCACGCAGAAGUGGUCCGAGUGGUGUACCAGCCAGAGCACAUCAGCUUCGAGGAACUGCUCAAGGUCUUCUGGGAGAAUCACGACCCGACCCAAGGCAUGCGCCAAGGCAAUGACUAUGGCACUCAGUACCGCUCAGCCAUCUAUCCAACCUCUGCCAAGCAGAUGGAGGCCGCCCUGAAGUCCAAAGAGGACUACCAGAAGGUUCUUUCAGAGCAUAGCUUCGGGCCUAUCACCACCGACAUCCGGGAGGGACAGACUUUCUACUAUGCGGAAGACUACCACCAGCAGUACCUGAGCAAGAACCCUGACGGCUACUGUGGCCUCGGGGGCACCGGCAUUUCCUGUCCACUUGGUAUUAAAAAAUAAUUCAUCCCUGUGUGGCAGGCCCUUGAGGUUCCAGCAAAAGUGCUUUCAACCAAUUGGGUAAUGCUUUUGUGAAUCACAUCAGGUGGCUUUAUAAAAAUUGGGAUUAUGGAGGUAUGAUUUACAGGCAGUAUAAAAUUGAUACAAUGUAAUUCGUCAUCUAAUAAGUUAUAAUAAGAAUAGAAUUGUGGAAUUUUCUGGAUCAUCUGGGGUCUGAAUGAAGAUAAUGGAUAUGCUGUGUUCACCCUUCUUGGACUCUGGGUGCUGGCCGUAGAAGCUAAGGGAUAAGGCUGGGAGAUGGUUGGACAGGAUACAGGAGACGUGGAAAUCCUUCUCUGUACCCCACCUGCCCUCCAGUGCCUUACAUUGUGCAAACAUUUAUAGCCUCAAUGAAUCACUCACUGAAAAGCUUUACCAAACAGAGACAGGAGUGAGGGUUUUCUCUCCCUUCUCAGCCUCCUCUGGGCAGAGAACGAAGAUGCGACUUAGCCUGUUGUGUUUUAAUGCUUUGCUUACAGCUGUGGGAAACCCUGGUUCUAAUAAAAUCUGCAGUCCAAUAACACAAA